GCCUAGGUGCGCUGAUUUGCAUAAAGUUGUUUAACAAUGGCGGACGAGUUAUAACAGCGAACGAUAAAUACUUUAACUCGCAGAGUGCAGCCAAUUUAUUGAGGAAUAAUGGCUGAAACGGUCUCAGAUCGUCAGAAGUUAUUUGAACUGGAUUUAGAUAAUCAAAAGAAGAACAUAUUCGUCACACAAUUGCAUGACAGAGAUGAUGAGGAUGACAUUACAGCAUUUCCAGUCGUUAAGGAGACAGGGGACAAACUUAUUGAGACUGGCAUUAACACAUUACAAAGAACGCUAUUGUUAAAAAAAGAGGUUGAAGUUGACAAAGUACAGGCAGAGCUAGAAGCAAAGCGCCAUGAGUUCCGACAAAGAAUGGAAGCAUGUGCAAAAAGGCAGAUUGAAAUACAAAAGAGGCAGCAGAAGAUGAAAGAUAGAGUUGCUCAGUUUGGUUCCUUCUUGAAAGAAAAUGAGGCAAAACGACGGCGAGCUAUUCAGAAAUAUCAAACAGAGGUCAAGUUAAAGGAACAGAAGACAGUAGAACUAGAACAAUUGGAAGAGGAAUUAGAACAGCUCAAAGAUACGUUGUCAAGAUUAGACAGAAAGGUUUCCCGUUACAAGAAAUUUGAAGACUACUUGCUGCGUGUGAUAGACGUAAUGCCAGAAGAUUAUCUGGCAGCCUCCGAUGACAAGAUGAAAGGACUAAUGUCUCGACAUCGCACACUCAGUGACUCUAAUGUCCAUCUAGUCAAUAAGCUGGUGUCAAUGUCAGACGAGCUGGAAGACUUGAAGGGUGAACUGGAUGUAAUGAAGAACGAACACAACAAGCAGGUGAUAUCCAUCAACAGUGAGUUGUCACGGUUACAGCAGGUACAGGAAGUGGAGAGUGCCCACAACCAGAAAGUGGAAAACAAAUAUAAUGAAACCAAAGGAGGGAUGAGGCAAAAGCGCACAGAACUUGGUGUGAUAUUGAUGGCGAUUGACAACAUAGCAGAGAUCUGCCACAAACGUCUUGACGUGCCAGUACAGGAGAUGAACCUCGACCAGAAACUCAGGAAAAUAAGAGAUUACGUCAAUGACCGAGCCGACGUGGCCAUAAUGGCUCAACCCACUGAGGAUGAGGAAACUCCCACAGGAAGUAGAAGAGGCAGCACAGAAAAUUCGAAAAAAUCAAAAACUAUAAAGAAUUUGAAAGUGACAAUAAAUGGAUAGCUUUUCAUUGAACAUUACAUCCAUUUUGCAUUUUUAUAUCAUGCCUUAUAAAACUUAAAGUGCCUUACUGGUUUUUGGCCUCUUUAGGCUAUAUUUUUUAACCUUUUUAGUCAGCCGUAAUGUUGGCAAUUUUGUCUCAAUACUAAAAAAAUAAAAGUGUUUCAUGAUUUUCCUUCUUUUUAAACUGCUCAAUCAAUCUUCUGAAACAAAUGGACAUUAAACAGUUUCUGACUCUUUUUUAUAUUUUGCUGUUUUUGGACCCAAAUAGAAAUUCUGCAGAUAACUAUUCUAGUAUCUCUCUGGCACACCUUAAGGAACUGGCAAACCUAAUAAUUUUGAUUUACAUUCUGGAGACAUUUCUGAAAUAGUAUUAAUGUAAUCAUGUAAAAGGCAAUUUUUAGCAUCAGCUUUAGAGAUAAAUUUAUGAGAAAAGUCUGAGUUUUAUUUUUGGAGAUUUUAUUUUUUGUGUUUAAUUUAUUUGUGGUGCCUGUACAAUGAUGCUUGCCAUUGCUAACGGUUGUCAUAUCUGUGAUGUUUUUAUAACAUAUUUUGUUAUGUUUUAAAUAAUAUAUUUUGCUAAACGUCUUAUCAUUAUUAGAGGAACUUGUUCUUUUAGAAGUGAACAGAGUGGGUAGCCAUAGUAAUUCUUGAUUCUAUGUUUUUAAAUUACACCACACAUUUGAAAUAAGGUUAGAAUUUAUCAUACAACAUUCAAGAACUACUGUAUUUAUACACAUGUUAUUCAGGAGUAGCUGACAUUAUUGAUAAUUGAAGGUAUUUUUUGUUUCUGUAUAAAUUAUUAUCAUAGUUGCUCAACCAUUAAUGGGUACAAUUCAUUGCUACAAUGGACUUUGUUAUUGCUUUUACCAAGUCUUCUUAUGUUCUGUUUAUGUCUUUGUUACUACAUCCAUGCUGUAGUUCAGUUGCAUUGAAGUGAUAUCUAAGCUUUUUAAAACAGACAAACACAUAAAU